GCAGAUGUGACGAUGAGUUAUGACAUAGAAGCGCGCAGUACAAGUUACGUUGGAGAGAUGUCAAUCGUCUUUUUGCUCUUAUUUUUCGAGUUACGAAACAGCGCUGAGCCAGUUAUGAAUGAAAGCACGGCGUGAGUCCUUCACCUUAAAGGGUCACUAACAAAAGUUUGGUUUGCAUAAAUAGAAAUAACUAGGCGAUUCAAGCACUCAAAAUAUUGAGUGGGUCAGGAGAGGGUUAUCUUUGGACUAGGAGCAGGAGUGGUGAGUGCUGCUAUAUAACAAUCCGCUCUUACGACCACCUCUUGUCAUUUGUCAACUAUUCUUCCCUGUGAGCGAAGCUCAUAUUGCUUUCCAACAAGAGCCACGGGUCUCAGCUAAAGCAGUCAACUCACUAAAAUCGCUCCGCCUCUUAAUCAUACCGCAAUAUGCACAAGGCACAAUUGUACUCUUCAGCGAACGCACUGCAGACGCGCGAUGCAGCGGCAGCAUUGUCUUUGUACCGAGACACGAUGUCUUGGCCUGACGAGUGCGACGUGUUGGACGUGGGCUGCGGCAGCGGUGACGUCACCAGCCAGCUUCUGUUGCCGGCGCUCAAGAGCUACAGCAGCCUGACUGGCGUUGACGUUUCGCAGCAAAUGGUCAAGUACGCGAUGUCCAAGUACCAGCAGCCCAACGUCACCUUCCGCUACCUCGACAUUGUUGCACCAGACUUUCGACCGCGAGAUCUCUUCCCUCGUGGCUUCCACAAGGUCUUCUCCUUCUACUGCCUCCAUUGGAUCUCUGACCAAAAAUUGGCAUUUUCCAAUUUGUCCGAGCUCCUUCUACCAGGCGGUGAGCUCUUGGUUGUGUUCCUCGCAAGCGCUCCUCUGUUCACCAUCUACGAACGACUGGCCAAAGAUUCUACUUGGUCCCGUUAUAUGAAGGACGUUUCCAAAUUCGUGUCUCCAUAUCAACACGUUGAAAACCCUGAAGAUGAGCUGAAAAGCCACCUCCUAGACUCGGGCCUGCAAGUUAAGGACUGCAAGUGCAUCCUCCAGCAUUUCAGCUAUCCAUCCGCCGUUGCUCUAAAAAAUGCCAUCAAGGCAGUGAAUCCAUUUCUUGACCGGAUUCCAAAGGAUCAGCAAGAGGACUAUUUGAACGACUACAUUUUCGAAUAUGGUGACAUGGGCUACAUAAACAACGAUGGAACUAUCGCUGCCAAUUACAAAGUGCUGGUUGCAUUUGCUGCCAAGUAAAAACACGCCGCUACUAUAUCGUUCAAAUUUUAUGCCCGAUCAUUCGUGUUGAGCAGACACUAUGAAUGAUCACAGCAAAUUUAAAUUUGCAGUAAUGGUAAAAAUAUUACUAGCUAGAAAAAAAUUCAUUUUGGUUAUAACUGGUAUGUACAACAACUAUCAAUUUUAAUGUGUAAUUAUAACCAAAACCUUAAUUUUUAAUUAUUAAAUUAUUUUGUGUUGACAAUAAGGAAUUACCAACAAAAUUCCUUUGAGAUGGUAAAAUAUUCUGGUUUAAAAUUGUAUUUUUAUGCUGCUUUUAGUGAUAGACUUAUCAACUAUACCCACAAUACCUUAUUUUGCCGGCCGGCCAUUCCAAACAAUAAUAUUAUGUUUGAUGGAAAUGUAUGUAACAAAUAUGGUGGCAAUGUAAACUCGCUCUGAAGAAAUAAACAAAACAUUAUG